CUCUACCAAUCGAGUCCCAGAUCUGGGAGCAGCCGCCGAGGAUUGGACCGUUUCCGCGGAGGCGGGGCUAGGUCUGAAGAGGGCAGCCCCGAGGCGUAGCGCCGCCUCCUGCGGGAGGAGCCAUCAUUUGGACCUCCCCAAGGGGGCAGGGCCGGCCGCUUGCCCCGCCCCCCAGAGGGCGCCCGGGGGCAGCCGGUGGCGCGGCCAUGAAGCUGCUGCGCCUGCUCUGCCGCCACAAGACCCUGCUGGGCGGGCUGUCCCUCUUCGGGAUGGUGCUGCUGUACCUGGCCAAGUGCACGUCGGAGGGCGUCAAGUCCUCCCCGGGGUGGGGGCCCAAGUACACGGAGCGGCGCAGCAUCAUCCGGAGCACCUGGCUCUCGGCGGCCGGCCGGGUGCCCCGCAGCGACCUGUGGUGCCGUUUCGUGGUGGGCACCGGCGGGCUGGCGGGGGAGGAGCUGCGCGCCCUGGAGCUGGAGCAGAGCCGCCACCGGGACCUGCUGCUGCUCCCCGAGCUGCGGGACUCCUACGAGAACCUGACCGCCAAGGUGCUGGCCAUGUACGUGUGGCUGGACCAGCACCUGGACUUCCGCUUCGUGCUGAAGGCCGACGACGACACCUUCGUGCGCCUGGACGCGCUGGCGGAGGAGCUGCGCUCCAAGGAGCCCCGGCGCCUCUACUGGGGCUUCUUCUCGGGCCGCGGGCGCGUGAAGUCGGGGGGCAAGUGGAAGGAAAACGCGUGGCUCCUGUGCGACUACUACCUGCCGUACGCCCUGGGCGGGGGCUACGUGAUCUCGGCGGACCUGGUGCGCUACCUGCGCCUGAGCCAAGACUACCUCAACCUCUGGCAGAGCGAAGACGUCUCCUUGGGGGCCUGGCUCGCCCCCGUGGAUGUCAAGCGGAUUCACGACCCUCGCUUUGACACGGAGUAUAAAUCUCGCGGCUGCAGCAAUAAGUACAUCGUGACCCACAAGCAGAGCCUGGAGGACAUGCUGGAGAAACACCAGACUCUGGCUAAGGAAGGAAAGCUCUGUAAGGAGGAGGUGAAGCUCAGACUCUCUUAUGUCUACGACUGGAGCGUGCCUCCUUCGCAGUGCUGCCAGAGGAAAGAUGGCAUUCCCUGAAAGCCGUGGGUGGGAAGGAAGGAAGGGACGGACACCCGUCGCGCUCGAAUAUCUCCCGAUUCUGAAGUUUCACCCUGUAUGCCUAAUUAUAUUUCAUCAUUCUUAAACUUUCAGAGUAACCUAUUUUCUUUUGACUUACAAAAGGUUGUGGAAGAACACGGAGCAGUCUACACGCCCAAAAACGCAGAACCCAACGGCGUGCGUUCAGAAAGGGGCCGAACUGUCGCUCUGUGGGACAAGAGACGUUUAAAAAUAAUACAGUCCCCAAAUGAUUGUGUUAAGUGACAGGACUGUUCUCCAUCACAACACGUACAUUUUGGGAAAAUGCCAAGGCUGGUGACCAUUUCUCCCCCACCCUUUCCUUCAGAAGGAUGUAGAUUUUCCCAAGGCUGUUGAUGCAUUAAAAGUAUCUAGUAUCAGGAGACCAAUUCAGACAUUAACCCCAAUGGGACUACAGAUUAAUGUGCUGCAUUAUGUUAUUUCUGAACUGAGACAGCAACUUCUGUCAGAUAAACAUGGGCUCUGGCCAAGGUGCAUUUUUUAAGGUAGAACAUCCUUACCUUUACACUUCUAUUACAACUGGAUAAUUUCUUGAAUGUGGGUUAUUAGAGCAGCAUCUUUCACUUCCUGAUUACUGCGUAGCCUGCUCCUUGAAUCAUCUUCCCAUUACACGAAAAGGGAAUAUUUUAAUCUGUAAGAACAACAUUUCAGUGUGAUGAGAUUUAAUCUCGAUGGGAAGCUGGAGCCACCGUUACACCCUUGGAAUGAUGGCCUCCUGGAUGGCUCUGAAAGAUCACCUACUUUAAGAGGUUGCUUAACUGCUGAAGAAGACGGCUUAAUUUUGAUUGAAAAAUCAAGCUGCUUUGGCCCUGAUGGAAUUAGAUGUUUUUAAAACGAUUGUGGUUAUCUUUUUCAAAUAUACUGUUAAGGAAAACAUGAUUAUGUCCUUCACUGGGGACAAGCGUUUGAGCUGUAACUCUAGAUUAUGAUGGUCUGAAAUGGGAGAUGGCUAAAUCGGUUUGGAAGACUUCCUUGAUCAACUCAUUUUUAGAUAACGACUUCCGAGCAAGUAGGUUGCGAAUAAGGCAGAUCUUGAGCUUGCACGGCCUCAUUGUUUGCAGCAGGUACAGUUUUUGAGAAACAGGGAUUAAUUCACCCAGAGAUAACGUUAUGCACUGUCACUACCUUUCUGCCGGUGACAGUACAUAGCUUUCAGUCAAAAUCAAAUCGAAAAACUUCAUUAUGGCCUUGAUGCCCAAGGUGUUCUGGAAGAGUUCUGGACCAAAGGAUUUUUGGAAACAGGAAAGAUCUUGUAGGUGGAUGGAAUUGGUUUUCCUUUAGGAAUUAAUUGUGCUGUGAAGGAUGGAGGGACUCAUAAUUUGCAUUAUAUGGGGGUCCAGUAACCCUGUUUGUUUUUCCUGGCUUCUACAAUAAUCCUGGGUCUAAAUAUUUAAAUUUUCCAUAGAUAUUUGAACAUUUUUUUUCUUCCUGAAAGCUUAAAAGAGCCUUGGGGCAUAAUUUGCUUUUAACUUGGGAAGCACACAUAGCAGAGAAUCUGAUACACAUCCAGUUAUGUUUAGAUCGAAUCAAGAGAAAAUUAUGAUCCAACAUGCUUCAAGGGAAGAGCCGCUGAACUACAUUUCUGUCUUUUCCUGGUGGUCUCCCAUCCAAAUUCUAUCAUGACCAACCCUAAUUCCCUUUUUGAGAUCAGCUUAGGCUGAAUAGUACUGCUCCUUUGCUACCUGAGCAAAAAUAGUUUGUUAGUGAUAGACUGUUGGCAACGUUCAGCAGCUCACCAGUUGUACAAGCUUCCUUUAAGAAAUUGGUUUCCAGAAAAAUUGAAAAUAUUUGUCCCCUCCAAGGGGAGUCAGUAUUGUAUGUAAAAUUAUGUGUUUAUAAUAGUGCUAAUUUAUUUAUAAAUACAAUAAAUGUACUGUGUAUAGUUUCAGGCCUGAGGAAAACAGUUGAAUGUCAUAGUAAUUUUAAUUUAUUAAAGGAACGUGUUGAAGCUUAUAAUGAUCCCUUAUUGAAUGCC